AUGCCCUCCCCGCCACGGGAAAGAGGACGACCAAAAACGAGAAGCUCUGAGACUGAGUUUGUUCUAUUUAUUCGUGGAAUUCCAGCACAUUGCCGAUGGCAAGAACUUAAAGAUUUGGUGCGCCAGACUGCCCUGCACAUCCGGCAAGCAGUGGUGUACGAUGACCAGCAUGGGUUCCCGACGGGGCUUGGCCAGAUUAUCGUGAAGAACGAGGACGAGGCGUGGCGUACUUAUCAUAGACUAGCUAGCAGCGGUUGGGAUGGACAGAGCCUGACUGUGACUUUAUCCCGGACGAGCUCGCCUACUCGACCGAUUGCUGGACCGACAAAAAGCCCGCCUUGCGUUGCGCAGCCCGUCUAUAUUGGAGGUUACUCUCCACCAAGAGUGACCGGUAUAACUACUCCGAGAACCGCUGCCAUUAUCGAAGAGUGGUCUUCAUUGACGCUGCAAUGUAUUAGAAUGCCCACAGUGCCACCGACUCCUACAUAUCACCACCAAACAGAAUAUGGACCCAUCCCGAGCGCAACGACAAUUGCAUACCCUCCUGCCCUUCCUAUGGCGUCUGUCUCGGUUCCAGCAUCCCUGAUGAUCAACGGGAAGGGUCCUAUGCCUGCUCUUUCACCGGUAGCAACUGUGCCGUCUCCUCUUUACGACUCCCCGAACUUUCCUACGUUCCCCUACUCUCCAUCAUGGCUACCGUCUGCGCACGAUGCUUCAAACCGUUGCUUUGCAACUGGGAGACGGACAAGUUAUCAACGCAUUGGAUCUGAGCGGAACCACCAAUCUGGCUACAAUCGACACAGAACGCACUCCAUGUCUCCAACGUACUAUACUCCCAGUAGAUAUGUUUUCAUCCAGAAUGUUGCACCACAGACCGAGAUAUCUGAACUCAAAACCUAUCUAAGCGCCGCGGGGACAGUUGAGCACUGCGAGAUUCUCGAGGAUCGCAGAACUGGUCGUCGCAGAAGUCAGGCCAAGGCAACGUUCCAGACAACAGAACAGGCGAAACAAGCAAUGGCCAAGUUGGACAAUACUAUGCUCGAGGGUGCUAGAAUCCGAGUGAAGUUUGACAGGGACGCUCCGGUAUCAUGCAGCUCGGAAGACACCGUGCCUUUCGAGGACAAGGACCAGAUUAAAGCAGAUACAAGCACAUCAACGAGCGGCGAUGAAAGAAGAGGUUCAGUCUCUUCUUCGAAGGAUUCCAAGUGUGAACCCUUUGUCGUUAACGGAUCAGUGGUCGGGAAGAAGACCAAGGAUAUCACGAACGGGAUUGAUUAUGAGAGUAAGUGA